UUCGUUUCGAAAGCGGUAGAAACGUCUUUGUCUUCACUCUUUUAGUACGCCGUCGUUUAGGUCGAGUUCCCCCCACUCUUCGUUUUUGUCACUUUUCGAGCGUAGAAUAAUUCAAAAAUAAUCCCAGCAGAAGAACGGAAAAAAGACAUGAAAAGAACGAGAGGAAAGGAAGGGGAUGAAGAAGAAAAAGAGGAAGAGAAAAACAAAAAGAAGAUGGGGAUUGUUUGGCAAACUACAGCUCAUCCUGCUCAUAAAGACGAUUAUAUUUUUCACAACGGCUGCGCCACGUACGACCGUGCUACUUCGAGUUCGUAUCUCAUGUUAAUAAACGAUGGGAGGGAAAAACAAUCGUGGAUUUGUUCACUCAAGAAUUUAGAGGCCGACCAAAUGAUUACUCUGUUAGUGCUGUCAAAUGUGGACGUAUACAAGUUGAUGGAGAGAAUAUACCUGUUUCAUACAAAAGUUAAACGAUGUCAGAAGAUAAGCCACUUUGUCCACAGGCAGGAACCCCCAGUGAUGGCUUGGGAUGUUCCAAUUCUUCAAAACGAACCUGAUGUACUGACGGUUUGCAAACCAGCAUCUGUCCCUUUUUGGGCAUUCUCCAAGCAGAGCAUGGGUUGGCUCCUCUGUAUCGUAUCCAAACCUAGCUCCUAAUGGAGCAAAUAUUUAACUGUAAAUGAAGGCUACUUUUGUACUUUCUGUAUGCAAAUUAAAUCUGUUUUCAGUUUUCUUUCUGGUAAAGUUCUAAAAGCCGGGUUUUCUGCUUUUCCCUUGACAUAAUCAUGCCAGCCAUUCAUCGACUAGAUCGUCUGGUCUCGGUGCUGCUCAUCGUGGCCAAAAAUCCAGCUAAAGCUGACAUUUUUAGGCAACAUAUUGAAGCUGGACUGGUGCAGAAACAGUAUGUUGCAAAGGUCAUUGGAGUAUUUCCGGAGUGUGAGGUGUAUAACAUUGUUUAAGCUAGACGAUUCAUGUAAUUUGUAUUCAAAUUUGAAUUUUUCUGUUUGUUCAAACUUGAUUCAGUGCAUAGAUGAUCAGAUGCAAGUGCAUAGCUGAUCAGAUGCUUAAGUCCAUAGGAGCUUAUUACCUUUUGAUUGCAUUAGAAAAUCUGCCAAUCUGUUGGUUGA